UGCGCAAAAAUACGUUACUCCAAAUAGCACAAAUCCCUUCCAAUAAACAAAACUAUAAAAAAAAAAAACAAUUUGCUCGGAAUGUCGCUACCACUCGUCACGAUUUCCCCACCGCACCACCAAAGUUCCGGGGCAAAUGAGUCAUUAACAUGACCAUGACGUAGGCACUCGGAUCAUCUCCACCGUAGGAUGACAGAUUUUACGCACUGAAAUCCCGCAUGUGCCCCCAAUCGUUGUCACGAGUCAACCAGCACUUACAAAUAAAAAAAGGAAAGAUGAAAUUUUAAUUAAUUAAAAAAAAAAUCAGAAAAAGUAGUUUUAGCUGCAACCACGUCCAGUCCAGACCAGAGACAGCAUUUCCCUCACUCUCUCAUCACUACUACUUUCCCUCUUUGUCUCUCUCUCUCUCUCUCUAGAGGGAAAGUGGAGGAAGAAGAAGAAGAAGUGUCGCUGAAGAAUUUGAAGGCGGGGAAAAGGAUGCGGAAGCUGUAGUUUCGUUCCAGGGGCUUAAAAAAAGUUUUUUUAGCAAGAUUUGAAGAUGAGAAUGCCGAGAUUCCUUCCAUGGCUUCUGCUGCUGCUGCUGCUCUUCUGCUUAGCCAUCUCUACUUGCUUCGCCAGACAAGGGCCUUGGGUAAUGCGAAUAAGCUGCGGAUCACGAGUCAACGUCAACACCGCACCAACCAACACUCGAUGGAACAAAGAUUUUGCAUACACAGGAGGAAUCCCAGCCAACGCUACAAAAUAUCCAAGCUUCCUCACUCCGCGACUCCCCACACUCCGCUACUUCCCUCUAUCCUCUGGCGGCCCCAACAACUGCUACAACAUCAGGCGGGUCCCGAAAGGCCACUACACAGUUCGGGUCUUCUUCGGCUUGAUCGAGGAACCCGACUUCAACACUGAGCCCUUGUUCGACAUCUCGGUGCAAGGCACACAGGUUUACUCGCUGCAGGCGGGGUGGAGUACCAACGAUGAUCAGUCAUUCGUGGAAGCGCAAGUGUUUCUCCUCGAUCACACGGCAUCCAUUUGCUUCCACAGCACUGGUCAUGGCGAUCCGGCAAUCACCUCGAUCGAGAUUCUCCAGAUUGAUAAUCAAGCUUACCGUUAUGGCCCGGCAUGGGGGCAAGGGACUAUACUUAGAACUGCCACCAGGUUGAGCUGUGGUAAUGGGAAGCCAAAAUUUGAUGUGGAUUACAGUGGAGAUCACUGGGGUGGGGAUAGGUUUUGGGGUCCAAUUACGUCUUUGGGUUCAAGCUCUGAUCAACCUAGGUCUACAGAAGCUGGGAUCAAGCAUGCUACAAAUGCGCCCAACUUUUAUCCAGAAGCUCUCUACCAGACUGCUAUUGUGAGCACAGAUGCUCAGCCGGAUUUGGCUUACACUAUGGACGUGGAGCCGAAUAGAAACUACUCGAUUUGGCUGCAUUUUGCCGAGAUUGAUGCUACCGUGACUGAUGUGGGGAAGAGGGUGUUUGAUAUAUUGGUUAAUAGCGAUGUGCAGUUCCAGGACGUUGAUAUUAUUAAAAUGAGUGGAGGUCGAUAUACUGCGCUGGUUCUUAACACGACGGUUCUUGUUAAUGGGAGGACCUUGACGAUAACUCUGCAUCCUAAAGAAGGGCAGUACGCUAUUAUCAGUGCCAUUGAGAUCUUUGAAGUUGUUAUAGCUGAGACCAAAACUCUUUCCCAGGAAGUGGCUGCUCUACAAAAGUUGAAGACGGCAUUGGCACUUCCUCCUCGAUUCGGGUGGAAUGGUGAUCCAUGUGUUCCUCAGCAACAUCCUUGGAAUGGAGCAGACUGCCAAUUUGACAGGACUAAUUUCAGAUGGUUCAUUGAUGGGCUUGGACUUGACAAUCAAGGUUUGAGGGGGUCGUUGCCAAAUGACAUAAUCAAAUUGCAAAGCUUACAGAGCAUAAACUUGAGUGGUAACAGCAUCCACGGGGCUAUUCCAUCGUCAAUAGGAAAACUAACCAAGUUGGAAGCAUUAGACCUAUCUUACAAUUCCUUUAACGGGUCAAUUCCUGAAAGUGUUGGGCAGUUGACAUCAUUGCGCAGACUGAAUCUCAAUGGCAACCAUCUAUCAGGAAGAGUCCCUGCUGAACUUGGAGGAAUGCUUUUGCACGGAGCUACCUUCAAUUUUACUGAUAAUGCUGGCCUUUGUGGUAUACCUGGACUGCGAACAUGCGGACCUCGCCUUACUGCUGGUGCCAAAAUCGGCAUAGCAUUUGCUGCAUCUGUGGCAUGCCUUCUUGUGGUUGUCUGCGCAACUUGCUGGUGGAAAAGACGGCAGAACAUUCUCCGAGCUCAGCAGAUCGCAGCAAGAGGUGCUCCAUAUGCCAAAGCAAGAACCCACCUCUCCCAUGACAUUCAACUGACAAGGCAUUACAAUAAUCAGAACCACCACUCCCGAACGGCUGCUGAGAACGGACCUAGCUUGCUAUCGUGAUUAACCCGCAAGCUCGACCCAUGUCGUACUUCUUCGACUCGUCCUUCCUUCACGAGGGCUCCCCAGAAUGCCUACAGGUUGAAUUCGGAAAGCUGAGUGAUGAGUCUGCAACUCGUAAUCGCUGAUAAGCGAAUGAGUAGAUCCACCUCGUUGGCAGCAACUGUAUAUUAAAUUCUUUACUCAAUCUACAAGGCAAUGUGACAUUGCAGUGUGUUAGAAAGGAGAAGGAAAAGGGCACCUGUUUGCAAUAUAGAUUAGAAUACUAUCUUUGGUUCCUUUUUUUUCUUAUGGGGUUCAUGGGGCAGUCUUGAUUUGUAUAAACAAUAACCUCUAGGUGGUAUCACAGUAUUCCCCAGUUGGACUGUAGAACUUACAACUCAGAAAGUCACAAAGUAUAAUUUUAUUUCAGUUUUGUAUGCACACUAGAUUUUUCAAAAUUUGUAGUUUUUGCCUGAAGAAAUGUAUCAUCAGCAAUGUAGAAGAAGCCACAUAACAUAAUGGUCCUAUUUUUCGUGGGAGUAGUAAGUAUAUAGUGUACAGUGCUGUAAUGUGGUGGGCCCUAAUGGAUUUCUGUUACAGGCCCAUAAUGGUAGCCCGGACUACUCAGUACUGGACUUGAGUCAUCACCCUACUGUCGCAAGAUUAUGGAUAUGAUGAAGGAAGAAAACAACCCAAAACAAGGGUUAAUACCUUAUUUUGGCUUGAACUAUGAGCAUAUAAUUAAUUUUGACUCGUGGU